AUGAAUGGGAACCCGCUAUUCCUGAAUGGCUUCAAUGCUUAUUGGUUAAUGUACAUGGCAUCUGACUCAUCUAUGAGGGUGAAGGUAACAACCACAUUCAAACAAGCUUCCAAGUAUGGGAUGAAUGUUGCCAGAACUUGGGCUUUCAGUGAUGGUGGUUACAAACCCCUACAAUCUGAUUCGAAAGUGUGGGCCCAUUCCACCAUAUGA